AUGACUGCAGCUGCGACCACCCAAUAUGCACCGUCAAUGCAAAAAACCAUUGGCGCACACUCUGAGCCCUCAGAUAGGAAUUUUCCUGUUGAGACCAAGAUUUUCUGCGGUAGAAAUGCUUGCUUAAACAUGUACGAGGUCUUCGACUUCAAUGAUAGGCAGCUGCCCUUGGCGCUAAAACCGGCAUCAAAAGAGCUCAACAAGAAGACGUUGCAGACGCAGAUAGGACCAGAAGAUAAGAAGAAAGAGGGAAGCAGCGACUGGAGAUCAGUAAAGUCAAGUAUUAUAACAGUGAAGGGUGACCUUAUUAUACAUCUCGAGACUUGCAGUAACGAUGUAGAUUCAGAGCAGCAAGGGUACUGGGAACGAAAAUGGCAUUACGGCGUCGCCAGUUGAUUGUUGAGUGCAAAGCCUCACGCUUCUAGGUAGUACUAUUGCACAAUGAGAUGGGCCUAGGGCAGAUUAUGAGAUAUGCUGCGAGAAUGCCGAUCGGGCGGGCACUAGGUACGUCUUCAUGACAGUUAGACCUCGUGCAAAUUAAAGUGCGAAUGAAGUCAGUUUUGAGAAACAC